AUGCGCUCACGCCGGCUCUACUACAAGCAUCGGCAGCAGCAGAUGCUGCAAGAAACAUUCAAGGAGAGCAUCCGUGCACGGAAGCAGGACCUUGUUGACAUCCAAGCCACCGUGCGUGAGCGACAAGUCCGGGAGCAGGACAGGCACCAAGUCUACCUGGCUUCACUUGAAAACUUCUACCAGACGCAGCUUUCUCUGCUCACGGAGUCACUGGCCAAGGAGAAGGUGGAGAUGAAGCAGCGAGUCGCAGCUCAGAGCAGGGUGCUCGAGAGAAUGCGGCGUGACUUCAAGGAGCAGUUAGAAGCCGAGACGCGAAACCUGUACCGUCUCGUGGCCCAGCCACAGGAGGGCUGGGUGUCCACGAACCAAGCCGUGCCAAGCCAGAAGCGAAGCAGACGUGUCUGAAGCUUACAGCGCCAGACUACAUGACCCUUCUUUCCAUUCCAAGUCAUCUUUCACUGCCAUCAUCCCUGUCAUCAUCACUGCCAUCAUUGAACACUUUUUGGCCUUGAACAGGCCCUGUUGACUUCAGUCACAAAAUUUUUUAAACAUGAGUUCCGCGGCUUUUAUCACUCAACCAGACUUAGGAAAUAAAAUAUUUAAUUUCUG